AUGCCGGCCAAGCAUGUGGCCACCAAGCCUCUUCAGAAGCUGAACGAGCUUGUCCAAGCGAUCCCCCCAACCAACGGAUGGAUGCUCGAACUCGGGUACGGCGUGGUCGGUCGUCCCUUGCUGGAUUUCGAGGUCGGCUACCGGAUCUACAUCUCUGGCGAUACGCUCAUGGUCGACGAGCUGAAGGAGAUCCCCCAGCGGUUUUCCGGGCAGAACAUUGAUCUGAUGCUGGUGCAUCUGGGCGGCACGACGGUGCCGACUCCGUCGCUUCUGCCCCUGGCGGUCAUGGUCACCAUGGAUGCCAAGCAAGGGUUGGAGCUGGUGCAGUUGAUCAAGCCGGAUCUCACGAUCCCCAUCCACUAUGAUGACUAUGAGGUCUUUGCCAGUCCGCUGGAGGACUUUAAAAAGGCCGUCGAGCAGGCGGGGCUGGGCGACAAGGUGGUCUAUCUGGACCGACGCGAUCAAUACAAGUUCACCGUGAGGGACGGAGCAUAG